UGUAGGUGGCAAGAAAACGACUACGCCCUCUGCUGUAGGUGUCAAGGAAACGACUUCGCCCUUUCUUUGUAGGUGUCAAAGAAACGACCACGCCCUCUGUUGUGGUUCAAAAAAACGACUACGCCCUCUGUCAUGGGUGUCAAGGAAACGACCACUACCCAGGUCGAUCUCACAUGUGAUUUUGAGUCCUCAACCAACCCUACAUGCGGCUACAAGAGAGUUAUUGGAACAUUUCAGAGAGAAUACAGAGAUAAUGAAGUUACAGGUUAUGUUCUUGCUGGUAAUGGUACACUCAGAUCCUUACCCAAGGCUUUGGCAGGCAAUGAGGAACUAUGCAUGAGUGUUGACAUAAAAGGGACAUCUGAUGGAGGAAUGGUGGCCAAGGCUCACAAUGGAACUGUAACGAAAGCAAUAUGGCCGUUUUCUGCCUCGACUACCUGGAUGACCGAGAAGUUCAUUUUAAAAAAAGUGAACUCUGCAGAUACCGAGGUCCGACUUGAGCUUGAGGCAUCCGGGAAUGUAGAGUUAGACAACAUAACAAUUUUGAACUCUUCCGAAUGUUAUGGUCUAAAAUGUGGUGUUGUCUAUAAUUCCAGUUGUUUUCAAGCGAUCGUUUAUGACGUGAAGAACGUCUCAUCAAGCGACGCUGAAUCUCUUUGCGAAAACAAACUAGCUAACAUUUAUGACGUCACACACUACAACUUGCUUCGAGAUUAUCUACGAUCAAUAAUUCCUGAUGGGCUUGCAGGAGUGUUUGUUCGUACGGGAAUGACUUACAAGAACGAUCAGCUGUAUUCCACAAUGGGCCAAGCUAUGUUUCUGCCAACUGAGGUUUGGUAUCCUGAUCAUCCGUCUUCCCAUGCAACGUACACAAUUGUUGUUGUUCUUGUCAAACGAAACCAGGAAGACAAAUAUCAAGGGAUUUUUAAUAAUUCUCCUUCCCAACAUUAUAACGGAGCCAUUUGUGAAAAUGAGUUAUAAUUCUGUCUAUUGAAUGAUUGAAUAUUGAAUGAACAAAACUGUAAAAUUACUUGAAUUUAAGAGUAAUUGUUAUUAACGCUAGUAAUUAAACUUCAACUUACUAUUUUCACAGUUGAACAAGCAUAUGCUCCUGUAAUGCCGCAUUUUAAUUCAUAAUAUUCGUUAGCCACACAUGCAGCUUAAUUUACACCCCAAGUUACUAUUUCCACGGCCCACAGUUGAACAAGCAUAUGAAGUAAAUAGAUUCUGCAUGCGGUAUAUAACCCACAUAUGGGAUACAGUUGAGGUGUAGGGUAACAACUUAUACCUUGUAUAAGACGGUUAAUUUACUGACACUUUUACUUGAUGAAUGCAUAUAGAACGUCAUGAUGAUAGAGUUUGUGUAAAAUCCUGAGGUGUUUCAAAUCCUCACUCUGAACAUGGCUCUGUACAGAACUCACUCAUACCUGGAAAACUAAGAAUCGUUUGUUUUGGCUCCGCUCGAACGUGAUACAUAGGUCACAAUGAGCCUGAGAUACAUAGGUCACAAUCGGCCUAUUGAAAGGUUGUAUGUUUGCAUGGUAUUUGGUGACCAUGUUCUCUUAUUCACUCUACACAAUCAAUUUGACUGAAAUCAAACCUGAAGCCUAUAUAUUGAACCGAUGUGAUUUAAUGCUCACUCAUUAAAAUUGUUUGUCGGCCGUUUUUGGGUAGGAAUUUCAAUAAAAAUGCCUUAAUUAAUAAAUUUCUACCUAGCAAACUAUUUUUUAUUUUUUA